CUGAAGAGGAGAGUAGCGACUAAAAGUGGAGUUUUGGCGGGAAAAAAUGGAUUUCGGUUGCUCCGACGCAAGCAUAUGGAAGGAAGCGCUUUCUGCAUAUCCAUCUCGAAUCGAAUCUCUUUCCCUCACAAAGAACAAACCUAACUUGCUCUCUCUCGAUCAGUUCUACACCAAACACCUCCCUUCUCUCCUUCAACAACGCAACCCUAACCCUUUCCUCACAACCACCGAGCUCUCCGAUCUCAUGCGCUGGAAGCUCACGCGCGGUAAAUGGAGGCCGCGGUUGCUGGAGUUUGUUGAGGCACUUGACGACGUCGUUGUGAGGAACGUUUCUGAGAAGGCGUUUCUGAGUCUUCCUGAUUUGAAGAAAGCCGUUUCUGAGAUCUGCGUUUUGAAAGGAGUUGGUCCUGCUACUGCUUCUGCGGUUUUGGCUGCUUAUGCUCCUCAGGUAGCACCAUUCAUGUCUGAUGAGGCUAUGGAGGCAGCUCUUGGAAACUCAAAGGAUUAUACACUGAAGCAGUAUCUAAUAUUUGCAGAUAAAUUGCAGAACAAAGCAAAGGAACUAAGUUCAGAAGGGGAUACCUUCACCCCAUCAGAUGUAGAAAGGGCUUUGUGGAGUUACGCUAUAGGGAAGUCAUCAACACCUCAAUUGAUUGAGGAUCAAAAGACCAAUCCAAAAAGGAACUCUAAAAGAAAGAGGAAAAAUUGACAUUGCAGCCUAUCAACAAAUGAGAUUGAAACAAGUAAUUAUCUGUUCUUUCUAGGAUCUGCUAGCUUUACUCCCUUCUUUUGGAGGUUCUGUCCGUUGAUGCUUAAACUGUUAUCAAAUAUCUUAAUAUAUUAGUUGUGGCUAAGUUAAUCAUUCUUGUUCGUUGCUAACAUUGCUUUUCUUGAAACUACACUUAUGAUGGAUUAGAUGUAAUGGUUAAUUAUAUAAUUUGGAUAGCAUAAUGUAGUACGUGCAGUAGCUGUUGGUUCAUCUGAGGAUAUUGUCCACAAUGAAAGAGUUGCUUCUUAUACAAUUUCAGAUACCAUAGUGUAGGAUGCAUAAUGAAGAUAGGAUCUUAUUGACAAUGUAAGAAUCACUUCUGUUAGAAUUUGAAAAGCAUGAAAUAGGAUGUAUAGCCAAUGUUUAAGUUCUCACUUCAGAGGAUCUUAUCCAUAAUGUAAGCAUACUUACAAAAUUUAGCAUUUGUAACUAGAUAUGUUACU